GGGGGUGUGGUGAUCAGUUUCUCCAGUGAAGGGAGGAGCUGGCACCGCACAAAAAUGCAGCAUUUCCCCAGCCCCCAUGCAAUUUAUGGGUAAACCACAUUUUUUGUUAAAACACCAAUCUCAAACAUGUCCCCCUGUUAGCGUGAUCCAUGCAUUUUUGGAUAUUAUCUGCCUUGAGUGGGCGAGCAAACGCGAGGAGCUCCAUCAGUAUCGCCAAAUAUGAUGGCAUCUAUGUGUUAGGAUGAGAAGUCCAGUGCCACGUUUCAGGGACGUCGAGAGGCAGGCCAGUGGCCUGCAGCCUGUACAGUGUCUUCCUCCCUAUCAUGAGCGACAGAAUAACAUGUGGUUCAUCCAAGAUGUCUGCGGCAUCGUUUGUGCGAUCAUCACCUGGCUUCUCGUCUUCUUUGCUGUGUUCGUCGUGCUGUUCGUCAUGCUGAUUCCAUCGAAGAACCUCACCUACAGCCUGGUGAAUGGCACACUCUUCAACAGCCUGGCCUUCCUUGCUGUGGCAUCUCAUUUCAGAGCCAUGUGCACUGACCCGGGAGCUGUACCAAAGGGCAACGCCACAAAGGAGUACAUCGAGAGCUUGCAGCUGAAGCCAGGCCAGGUGGUUUACAAAUGCCCCAAGUGUUGCAGUAUUAAGCCGGAUAGAGCUCACCACUGCAGUGUUUGUAAGCGCUGUAUACGGAAGAUGGAUCAUCAUUGCCCUUGGGUAAACAAUUGUGUUGGGGAAAAUAACCAGAAGUACUUUGUGCUUUUCACAAUGUACAUUUCCCUGAUCUCUCUCCAUGCCUUGGUCAUGGUGGUCUUUCAUUUUCUCUACUGCUUUGAAGAUGACUGGACAAAGUGCAGUACCUUCUCCCCUCCAGCCACUGUCAUCCUCCUCAUCCUCCUGUGCUUUGAGGGCCUCCUCUUCCUCAUUUUCACCUCUGUGAUGUUUGGCACCCAAAUCCAUUCCAUCUACAAGGAUGAGACGGGCAUAGAGCAGUUGAAAAAGGAAGAGAGAAGAUGGGGUAAAAAAACAAAAUGGAUGAACAUGAAGGCGGUAUUCGGACACCCCUUCUCGAUAGCAUGGUUUAGCCCGUUUUCCACCCCCGACCACGGGAAAGCUGACCCCUACCAGUAUGUGGUCUGAGCUCAGGAAGCUUUACGCUAGAGACUCGAAUAUGCUUGGACUGCCCUUAUAAACAGCAUCUUUUAAUUUGUUUGUAAUCCCAACUCAAACAGAGCAUUUACCAAUGAGACUAAAUCACCUUCAUCUUU